CCAGGAGGUGGAUCUGUGCUGUGCGGAGCCCGAAGGAGUCGUUUGGAUCGUUAUCAUGUUCUGUGAGAAAGCAAUCGAGCUUAUCCGGGAGCUCCACCGCGCUAGCGACGGGCAGCUCCCUGCCUUCAAUGAAGAUGGGAUCAGACAAGUACUUGAGGAGAUGAAAGCUUUAUAUGAACAGAACCAGGCUGAUGUAAAUGAAGCUAAGUCAGGACACAGCGAGUUGAUUCCAACAAUCAAAUUUCGCCAUUGUUCUCUACUCAGAAAUCGACGGUGUAUAGUUGCAUACCUGUAUGACCGCUUACUUCGCAUCCGAGCGCUUAGGUGGGAAUAUGGUAGUGUCUUACCGAAUGUUGUCCGAUUUCACAUGUCAGCUGAAGAAAUGGAAUGGUUCAACCAGUAUAAGAAGUCUUUGGCUACCUAUAUGAGAUCAUUAGGAGGAGGAGAAGGGCUGGACCUUACACAGGAUAUUAAGCCGCCCAAAAGCUUGUACAUUGAAGUUCGAUGUUUAAAAGACUACGGAGAAUUUGAGAUUGAUGAUGGCACAACAAUUCUGUUGAAGAAGAAUAGCCAGCAUUUUUUACCUAGGUGGAAAUGUGAGCAAUUAAUCAGGCAAGGAAUUUUGGAGCAUGUCCUGUCAUAAAGUAACCAUCAGCAAGAGUUUGCAGGAUUCUUUGAAGAAGGUUUUAAAUUGGUGCAAGCAGGGCUACCAUGUCGCAAUGCUUUCAAGGCCAAGGAUUUCUAGUUACAGUUGUGAAAGGCAUGACUAAUACUAACACUUAUAGCCCUGUCCUGAAACAAGUGGAUUCCUUUACAUAUGUAAUGGUUCCUUCUG